UAUAAAAUCGAAAUUAUUCCACGGAAUGACUGAAAAACACCAAAUCAUAGUGAGUAAAAUGCUGGACAAAUCCUACAGUCACCGUGCAUCUGAAAUACCAAAAAACAUGGCAACUCUCUUCCGAUCCCAUCGUCACCACCACCGCAUCAAAACCAUCUCUAUCGCCGCUCGAUCUCUCUCCUCCGCCGCCGACCCCUUCCUCGCCCACCCAUCCCACCACCACCUCUCCGCCGUGAAAUCCAAAACCCACCUCCUCAAAUCCUACAGAGUCACACCACCAAUCAAACCCUGGCCCAAACACCUCUCCCCCAAACGCCUCAUCUCCAUCAUCUCCCGCCAACAAAACCUCGAUCUCUCCCUCCAAAUUUUUCACCACGCCUCCAACUACCACCCCAACUUCCACCACACCUACGACACCUUCCAGUCCAUCGUCCUCAAGCUCGCUCGGGCUCGCGCUUUCUCUCCCAUGGAAACCCUUCUCGAUCAACUUCACAAAUCCCAAAUCAAAUGCAGCGAAAGCCUCUUCAUCACCGUCAUUCGAAACUACGGCAUCGCUAGCCGAUCCAAACAAGCCCUUUUCACCUUCUUGCGAAUAAAAGAUUUCGGCGUCCAACCCUCUGUAAGAUCGCUCAAUACCCUCUUGAAUGCUUUGAUUCAGAAUCACCAGUACCAGUUGGUUCAUGCUUUGUUUAAGAAUUGUCGUAAAAAGUUUGGUAUUAUACCCAAUGUGUUUACUUGUAACAUUCUGAUAAAGGGUUUGUGUAAGAACAAUGAGGUUGAGAGUGCGAUUAGGGUUUUGGAUGAAAUGCCCAGCAUGGGAAUGGUACCGAAUGUUGUGACUUACACGACUGUAUUAGGUGGGUAUGUGUCGAGGGUCGAUAUGGUUAGUGCCAAGAAGGUGUUCGAUGAAAUUCUUGACAGAGGUUGGGUUCCUGAUGCCACGACGUAUACGAUUUUGAUGGAUGGGUUUUGUAAGCAGGGACGGUUGAUUGAUGCGGUGAAGGUUAUGGAUGAUAUGGAGGAGAAUGGUGUUGAACCGAAUGACGUGACUUACGGGGUCAUGAUCGAAGCUUAUUGUAAAGAAAAGAAACCCGGGGAAGCGCUCAAUUUGCUCGAUGAUAUGCUAAAGAAGAAAUAUGUACCGAGCUCAGCACUUUGUUGUAGGGUGAUUGAUGCUCUGUGUGAAGAAGGGAAGGUUGAAAAUGCAUGUGAUUUGUGGAAGAAGCUCUUGAAGAACAAUUGCACGCCUGAUAAUGCCAUAUCAAGCACUCUUAUACAUUGGCUUUGUAAGGAGGGGAAAAUUUGGGAAGCGAGGAAGUUAUUUGGCGAGUUUGAGAGGGAUUCGAUUCCUAGUGUAUUGACUUACAACAUGCUUAUUGCGGGAAUGUGUGAGAGAGGAGAGUUGCACGAGGCGGGGAGGUUGUGGGAUGACAUGGUGGAGAAGGGAUGUGUGCCCAAUGCUUUUACGUAUAACAUGUUGAUUAAGGGAUUUUGUAAAGUUGGUAAUCCGAGGGAGGGAAUUAGAGUUUUAGAGGAGAUGUUGGAAAAGGGGUGUUUGCCAAACAAGUCGACUUACUCUAUUUUGAUUGAAGGCCUCUGUGACUCGGGUAUGGAAUCAUAUGUUACCAAGGUGCUUUCCAUGGCUGCUUCAAGUGUUGAAAUUGAUACUGAUUCUUGGGGAGUUUUUAUAGGCAAGGUUGCUAGAAACCUAGACAGUAGAGGAAGCGUGCUCGAUAAAAUAUUGUUAGAGGCUGCUUCAUAGAAAUCAUUUAAUUGAGAUCAUAGUGUGUUACUAUACUAAUCAAAUUGAUAAUUGAAAAGUGUGAAUUGAAGCUUGUCGUGAUCAUAGAAUAAAGAUUCAAGAACUUUCUCUUCUGCGUCAAUCUGGAUUCUGAACCUGGAAAUCUGUGAUAUAUCCUUGGGAUAUUGGUUUUAGCUGCCUAUGACCAAUGAGUUAUAUUUAUGAGCAUCUAAAGAACAAUGGCAGCAAAUAGAAAUUUCUUGAGAAAGUUAUAGGAUUCAUGAGAGCAUGGUACGGAUUGGUGACUGAGCUGUUGGAACAGAGGGCUGCUUAAAGAGCAACUUGGGAAUAUGUUUAGAGAUUUGAAUUUUCAUAUCUCAGGCGAAAUCUUGGAUGUACAAACUUUCGGGGUUUAAUGGAUCUCCCACUGAUCAACUUCUCUUUCUGGAGACAAGAUGGACACUGCUAUUUUUAUGUCUGUGACUAUGGAUGCAUGGACAGUUCUGAUGAAGAAGGCUCUUCUAAAAAGAAGAGAAAGAACUAUUCUUGAUACUUGCAUACAUGCAAAGAGAAGCAUAGUCAGAGCAAAUCUAAAAUUCUUGACGCUCGAAACUGACUUCAACUGUGAGGUCUCUCAAAAUGUUAAAAUUCUUCAACCACCCUCCCACCCACUUUUCUCUAUUCUCUUGUUCAUGGCUUAUAGUCCAUGUUUGGUUUAUUAUUGGUAUGAACAGGAACAGAUACAGCUCAUAAAUUGAUCUUGAGUGUUAGUCUGAUUGGUUCACUUGUAUUUAAACACCCAUUUUGUCAAAUUAAAGCCAUCUUUUGACCUGUAUAUGUUUCACUUAUUGUCACCUCAUUAGCUAUUUUCAUGUUUGAAUCUAGUAAUUUAUGUGAGUAUUUGUCAUGAUAGAUGGAUCUGUAGAAUACAGGUCAUAUGGAAAUCUAGAACCAUAUAAAAGAGGCAAAGCAAUUUCGUGUCCCAACGCACCAUAUGGCUGAAGGUGACCUUCUAAACCUACACAAAUUACAUAGUUCAGUACACCUCAUUCAUUCCUGGAGCCACAUGGGCCUGCCAUCUACCGACCACAGCGUUGACGCUGUGCUACGUGAACAACUUGUACCCUCUCCCCCAAUCAAUGGAAGAUUGUUUUGUAGAGGAGCUGGGAUUAAAGUCACGGUGAUAACUGGCGAUAAUAAGUUGACUGCAGAGGCUAUUUGUAAGGAAAUUUGAUUGUUUUGUGAAAGUGAUGAUCUUAGGGGAAGCUUCACGGAUAAAGAAUUCAUGGCUCUUUCCUCUUCUGAGCAAAUUGAAAUUUUGUCUUAACCUGGAGGUAAAGUGUUCUCACGUGCGGAGCCUAGGCACAAGCAAGAAAUUGUAAGGAUGCUAAAGGAGACGGGAGAAAUUGUUGCAAUGACUGGUGAUGGUGUGAAUGAUGCACCUGCACUGAAACUUGCUGAUAUUGGAAUUGCCAUGCGGAUCACUGGCACAGAGGCUGCAAAAGAAGGUUCAGAUAUGGUUUUGGCAGAUGAUAGUUUUAACCCCAUUGUCUCUGCUGUGGCAGAGGGUUGCUCUAUUUAUAAUAACACGAAAGCUUUUAUCAGGUACAUGAUAUCGUCUAAUGUUGGGGAGGUUAUAUCCAUAUUCUUGACUGCUGCUUAAGGAAUUCCAGAAUGUAUGAUACCGGUGCAGCUUCUUUUGGUCAAUUUGGUUACUGAUGGCCCACCUGCCACAGCUCCGGGAUUCAACCCUGCUGACAUAGAUAUAAUGCGGAAACCACCAUGCAAAAGUGAUGAUGCGCUCAUUAACUCCUGGAUUCUGUUCCGGUACAUGGUAAUAGGUUCUUAUGUGGGCAUUGCAACGGUUGGCAUCUUCAUCUUGUGGUACACUUAGGCUCCGGUUCUGGUUAUAAAUCUUGUAAGUGACGGUCACUCACGCGUUGAAUUUUCUCAGCUUUGGAACUGGGGAGAAUGCUCAUCAUGGUGGUCAAAUUUCAUCGUGACUCCAUUCACAGUUGGUGGAGGCCGCGUGAUCACCUUUUCAAACCCUUGUGACUAUUUUACCAUUGGUAAAGUGAAGGCGAUGACUCUCUCACUUUCUGUCUUGGCGGCCAUUGAGAUGUUCAAUUCCCUAAACGCCCUUUCUGAAGACAAUAGCCUUGUCACAAUGCCACCUUGUAUGAACCCUUGGCUUCUUGUCGCCAUGUCAGUCAUGUUUGGGCUCCAUUGCCUAAUACUUCAUGUACCUUUCCUAGCUGAUGUGUUUGGUAUCGUUCCAUUGACUCUAAAUGAAUGGUUUCUGGUUUUCUUGGUUUCGGCACCUGUGAUUUUGAUCGAUGAAUAGCUCAAAUUUGUGGGGAGGAGGAGGAGGAGGAGGAGGAGGAAGAGAUGGAGAACCAAGGUGAAGAAGGCAUAAAAUGCCCUUCGGUUUACAUUUUGGCACAAAAGCAAGUUUCACACUGGAGGAGAGGGAUUAGAGGCAACGAUGUUGUGGAUGUGUUAAGAAUAUCAUUAGACAGUGUUUGUUUUUUCUAUUUAACAGUACCAUGUUCCAUAUAAGAAAGAUAUGCCAAUCCGUUCACAAAGAUUUUUUUGGGUAAGUCGUUCACAAAGAUUAGCUUAAAUGAAAAUGGGAAUUUAAAAUAUUGUUCAACUGUGUA